ACCCAAAAAAAAAAAAAAAAUGAAAAUUCCCAAAUCUGAAUGGAAUUCUAUGCCCUAAUCCAAUUCCUAACUGCCGGACCCUCCGCCUACGACGGUUUCCGGACCCUCCGUUCAUCGUUUAUCUUCGCCGGCGGCUGAGUCACCGUUACUAUUUCAACGUGUGUGUGUGAGGGAGAGUGAGAAGCUGGGAAAGCGAAGGAAAGAGAAAGAGGAAGAGGGGCCGGAAGAGAUGGAUAGUCCGGGGUCUGGUUCGGUUGAUUGCGGCGUGGGAUCGAUUGUAUGGGUGCGAAGGAGAAAUGGGUCGUGGUGGCCUGGUCAAAUACUGGGUCCGGAAGAGCUUUCGUCUUCACAUCUCACAUCUCCUCGGUCAGGAACUCCUGUUAAGCUUCUUGGUAGGGAAGAUGCGAGCGUCAGGGAUUGGUACAAUUUGGAAAAAUCCAAGCGUGUGAAGGCAUUCAGAUGCGGUGAAUUUGAUGACUGUAUAGAAAGGGCUGAAUCCUCCCAGGGGAUGCCGAUAAAGAAAAGAGAGAAAUAUGCUCGUCGAGAAGAUGCUAUUCUUCAUGCUCUUGAACUUGAGAAGCAAUUGUUGAAGAAGGAUGGAAAAUCAGGAGUUGGGCAAACAGGAGUUGGUUACCGAGCAAAGAGGAGCAGAUGUAUGUACAUGCCUGCAGAGUCUAGUGAUUCUCUAGACUACAAAGAGCCUUCAUCCCAUGUUGAUAUGUCAUCCUCCCAGUUCGGAGGAGAGGUCCCUCAUCCCAGUUCUUUGGCUGAAGAGAGUGAAUCUGCUUUUAUGGAUGAUGUUGAGUCCGAUUCCUCCGAUACUGGUUCUACUGAUUCUGAUUCUGAUUCAGAUUCUUCUGAGACGGAACCAGACAUAGAUGAGGAGAUGGCUUUGCUUUCAGAACCUGGUCGUGGUGCUGAAGAACAUGGAAGCACUAGCAGUGAGGAGCCUGAUGAGUUGGCAAUUUCCAGUGAUAUGCCCCAUCUGUAUCCUCGUAAUCCUAUUACUUCAAAUGAAGCUGUAUCCAAAUGGCAACUAAAAGGGAAAAGAAAUAGUCGUAACCUUAUGAAAAGGUCUGUUGGUAUUCCUGAUGGAAGAGUUACUUUGUAUGGGGCAGAUGCUGAACGAAGAAGUCAUUUAAGCCACAAGAGGUUGAGGCCUGAUUUGCAUUAUUACAGAAAUGAUUUUACUGAUGUUUUUAAUGAGGCUGAUCAAAUGUUUGGGUUGGAAGAUGAUUACUCCCCAUCUUAUAGGGCUAUGUCAAAAGGUCGAAACAAUGUUCACCGUGGACAUGGUUGGCUUGAUUGGGAUUGGGAUGAUCAACCCACAUUGAAAGGAUAUUGGGAUGUCAAAGGGUAUGCACCAGUUUAUGGUGAUCGCCGUCAUUUCAAUGGCAGAAUGAGGUCACCACUGGUAAAUGUAGAUUUAAAGGUUCAAGCUAGCUAUCGAAAAGAGCCCGUUCCCAUUGUUUCUCUCAUGAGCAAGGUAGAUGGCAAGGCAAUAAUAGGACACCCAAUUCAAAUUGAGGUCCUUCCUGAUGGUUCGUCUGAUACUCUUGUUUCUACAAUUGAUGACCUAAACAAUGAUGGCAUUGGCGUUGAUGGAAGCAGCAUGCUUCCACCUGCAUGGAGGACUGCGAGGAGGACUGCAAAUUUCCGUGUCCCACGCCCCCCUGUAUCAUCAUCAAACGGUGCUGAAGCUUCUACAGAGUUAUCCUUCUUAGAUCAAGAAAGAAAAUUUGAAUACAAGAAAUUAAAUGCUGGAAGUUUUAGUGACAAGCCAAGCCUAUCAAGGAAGAGCAGUAUUGAGGUUCCUAGGCUUUCAACUGACAAGAAGCCAUUGAAAAAGGUGCCUAGGAAAGCAAGCUUGUCAUCUAGCCAGAAAACUAGAACUCUGUCUUCAUUGUCUAUUGAACAUAAUUUUAGUAAAAAGCCAUUACAUGAUGGCAUUCGUUAUCGUUCAGAUAGGUUGAUUAAACCAGACGUCUCUGGGCCCCCCACAGUAGCUUGCAUACCUGUCAAAUUAGUGUUUAGUAGAUUACUUGAGAAGAUAAAUAGGCCACCAUCAAAAGUAACUAGUAAUGCUGCUUCGUUGAAUACUGCUGUGGAGAGAAAUUCAUAGGUUACAUGUACAUUUGUUAUAUGGAAACAAUAAUCCGACAGUGUAGUGCAACAAUUUGUUGGUUGUGUCCUUUAGACAAGGGAACUCCUCCCUUCAUCAUUGUA